AUGCAUAUUCGUAAGAAGGUAACCUUAAUGCCUCACAGCAGAAUCCGAACAGAUCCUCACAAAAUCGCCGACGAUAACGACGAUGAACGGUGGUUUCCGUUCUACUUCGUCAUCAUGAUGCCUAACACCGUCGCUACAAUCGCCAAAGCCAUCGGCCGCAACGAAUACUCAACGGCGCUUCUCUGUGCAUCGGUUUUUUUAUGUUUCGUUUUGUUGAAAUUCUGUCUAUCUAGAUACCGAUCCAUGCCUGAAAACGAGAAAUCGAGCCAGAAAUUUGUGCUGAAAUUGAAUAUGUGGUUUCUAUACACGGCUAUUUCGUUUGGAUUUGUUUAUCCGUUUGCGGAUUUUUUCCCUCCGCCGACGACGGUGGCUCUGUAUUCCGUUGUGGUGGUGUUUAGUUUGUUUUUGUUCUAUGUGUUCGUGAUGGUUGAUCUCGCGAGGUAUUGGAAGCUCUGGAUACACAGUGAGGAUGAACACAGGAGGUUAGAUGCCAGAAACUUGAAUGAUCACUCCGUUUUGAUCUGGGCGCAAAAGCGAAGCGACAGAAGGCCGUCAAAGCAGCCCCCUGCCACACGCCACCGCAAAUCGCUGUCAUUCGCUACUGCUGCCACCGACAUCCUGCAGCCACCGCCGUCUGCUGCUGCUGCCGUUGCUGGUAAGAAAGAAACAUAUAGAAUGUUCAAGAAUGGUGGUGCUGGUAAGGAAGAAGAAAAAAGAACGGGUGGGGGGAAGUGGGUUUUUGGGGUUUUUUUGGGGCAGCCGAUCUCUGGCGAGCCCUCCUUGGUUCUUUUGCUUUGGCGCUAG